AUGCGCGUCGCCUCUGUUUUCCCGCUGGCCGCCACGGCUGCAGCCACCUCGGGCUGCACCGCCCUGCAAUACCUCUCCGAUGAGGUCUUCACUCCCAGCACCGACGUCUACAAAUAUGAAGCGCAGAACUUCUGGUCCAACACGGAGAUCAUGUCGCCGGGAUGCGUGUUCCGCCCGCAAUCGGCGGCCCAAUUGGGCCAGGGCGUCAAGGCGCUGGUGGAUGCGAAUGCGCAGUUUGCCGUGCGGGGAGGAGGACAUAUGGGCAUUCGUGGCUCGAAUAACAUCGACAAUGGGGUCCUUGUCGUCAUGUCGAAUUUGACCACCCUGUCACUAUCGGAGGAUCAAUCGAUUGUGUCCAUUGGACCGGCUUAUCGUUGGGCCGAUGUUUACGCCUACCUCGAACCCUACGGCCUCGCUGCAGCCGGUGGCCGUCUCGGUCCGGUCGGUGUCCCUGGACUGCUUCUGGCGGGUGGAAUCAACUUUUUCGGCAACCAGGUUGGAUUCGGUUGCGACACGGUGGUGAACUACGAGGUUGUGUUGGCCAAUGGAUCCAUCGUGGAGGCGAAUCGCAGUAGUCACUCGGAUUUAUUCUGGGCGCUGAAGGGAGGAAGUAGUAACUUUGGAUUGGUGACACGGUUUGAUAUGGAGACUAUUGAGUCGACCAAGGUUUGGGCGGGGACGUAUACAGUUGCUGGGGAGUAUGUGGAGAGGUUUUUGGAUGCCGCUGCCACCUACGCCGCCAACAUCUCCGAUCCCAAGACUCACAUCGUUCCUGCUGUCGUGCCUGAGGGUAACACGACCGUUGGAUCGGUGAUUCUCUUCUACGACAGUGCCACGGAGAGCUAUCCCGAGAUCUUCAAGCCGUUUACCGAUAUCCCGGCUAUCAGCAGCACAUUGGGUUUUAAGACCUUGUCUGAGUUUGCAACCGAGACUGGUGCCCUUGUGACGCCGCACAUCAAUGACAUCUUCGUCGCCGGCACCAUCAAAGCAACCAGCUACACCUCCCUACAGAGCGGCAUCGCCCUCAUCAACAACACCUUCUUCAACCAACUCCCCAAACUCACCUCCCAGAUCCCCAGCGCCAACAUCUCCCUCAUCGAACUCGACUGGCAGCCCAUCGGCAACAGCUGGCUCACUGCUUCUGAGUCCCGCGGCGGAAACGCCCUCGGGCUAGACUCCAACCAAAUCUACCUCUGCUACGCAGAAGUAGUGGAGUGGAUUGGCGAGGCCUAUGAUGACAUUGUGAAUGAGUGGUUGAAAGAAACCACCGAGAUGAUUAACAAUGCGACCAAGAAGGCGGGUCUGUACGAUGCGUUCAACUACAUGGGAGAUGCGGCAGGCUGGCAGGAUAUUUUCGGGGGGUAUGGAGAGGAGAAUCUGGAGAGAUUGAGAGAGGUGGCUAAGGUUUAUGAUCCGAAGGGGGUGUUGCAGGGAGAGGGGUUGAUGAGGGGGGGGUUUAAGCUUUAUUAA